UUCUUCUUCCCUCUUUGCCACUUGAGCUGCUCUCUACCAACUGAGAUGGAACCCCUAACGCCUUCUGGUUUCUCCGGUGAUAUCGAGAAGCAGAAGAUGCCGUUAACUUCUCCUCUUCGGCAUAAGGCUUCAUCGGUUAGUGUAUCUGCUUCAGAGGAGAUCCCCACGCCGGAGAAGCCAGCACAGCUUCCUCGGCGUGCCGGCAGACGGAGCCUGCCCUUUUCAAUCAGCGACGCGCGUCGGGUUGCCAUGGGGCUACCGAUGCCCGGAAAUCAAUACUCCAGCCGUUCGGAUCUUCAGAGAUCUGAUGGCGAGCCGUGGCAGAAAUCUCAAUCAUGUUCCGAAUCGAUCACCUCGUCCUCAGCCGCAAGAAACACUGAGAAGCUUUCGGAAAAUUAUGAAAUUCUGGCAGAGUUCUUCAAUUGCUUGGACUGUUCAAUCCGAUUAGUUCGGCUGAAAGGAGCGUUGAGUUCAUUUACAAACAUCAGUGCUACCAUACAACGUUUAACAGAAAGGAGCUUUACUUAUAAGCAUUUAGCACAAAUGAAGCAUAUCCUACCUGAAGCAAUUUCAAUUAAAAAGGUGCUUUUGUUUGACGAGGCUACCUGCUGCAUGAAGCCAGAACUUCAAGUUUCUCUGCAACCAGAGGCAGUAGAAAGCAACCUGAAACAGAAAUGGGAGAGUGCACAUUCAGCCUUAAGAAAAGUUUUCAGAACGAGGCUUGUCCAGUUUGCUAGAGAACAUCCAGAGGAAGAUGACAUCCCGGAAGAAGCACUGCCACAUCCUUUUGGUUUCACAAAACCAAGCAUGUCCACUGAACUUAAUAAAUUAGCCCCUUCUAUUCCAACCGGAUCAUUGCCCACUGCCCAAAAAGCCGAAGCUUUAACUAAAGUUUCACACUUCUCUUCAUCUUUCCAGAGGAGGUUUUCUUCAAGAUCUCCAUGUUCUGAUGAAAUGAAAACUCCUCUUGCAUCCUUGAGUGAUGCUGCCACUAAUGUUGAUUCAUUAGUUUCCAGUUUUCCAUCCCCUGUUAAAAUUUCUUCAAAGCCUCCACUUUACAAAAAACCAGUGCUUUCUUUUCCCAGUAGAAGACUCUUGACGUCAGAAGAGGAUUCAGAAAUGCUGACCAGUGUACACAGCAGCAUUGCAAGUGAAAUAACAUCUUCCGAAUCCACUCCAGUCAAGGGCAUUCUAUCUUCUGCAAGGCUAAUGACCCUUACGCCAGACCUUCACACACCAAAGAGAAAUCACACAUCCACAAUCGAUGAGACUCCACAAAAAGCUGUUGUGAAACGGGCAACUCGAACCAAAUUAUUUUGGACUCCAAGAAAGAAUGUGGAGUCAGAUGUUGCAGAAAACUUAUCUGAAGCUUCACUAGUUGAAGAUGAUGUUCUUGGUUUUCUUCCAGAGUCACUUCUACAAGAUAUAAGGGAGAAGGAAAAAACUGCGAUGGAGGAAAAGGAAGCCAAUGCAGCUGAGGCCAGGCUGCGGAAGAAGAUGAUUGCAAGUUUGCCUAAGCUUUUUGAUUCCAUACUCCUAAUAUUUCAGACGGGGAAUAGAUCUGUAAUUACAAAGCGAGAGCUUGUUCACAAGAUUCUUUCAUAUAACUGCAGUGUAGUUGAUAGAAAUGAAGUUGAACAGCAGUUGGAGUUAUUGGAGGAAUUAGUCCCAGAUUGGAUUUUGAGGAAGACAACAAUUUCAGGGAAUGUCCUCUAUUGUGUGAAUAAAAUGUCAAGCACACAAGAGAUUCGGCAGAGGCUUGCAGUAGCAGAGUGAACCAUUGCGCAGAGUACAUUUUGCUGAUUCAGAGUGAUGUUAAGUUUGCCUUGCGAGCUUGGAAUGGAGUUCUGCAACUUUUUUCUGUAAUUUAACAUUAGUGAUGUAGUUAGUGGUCGCAACCAAGAAGAAACCAGAUGAAAUAUUGUAUAUUUAUUUGGUGUAAGCUAUAGAAAAAUCUGUCUCUCAUGUAGCAUGUGGUAGUGAGGUCGUCCUUGUUCAAUUUUUUAUCAAAGCAGCCCAUCCCUGCUUGUUAGUUGUAUAGUGUAUGCGUCUUGACACUCAAAUUUUACAUGAAA